AUGGCGGGACUCCAAGGCGUGCUGUUGGGCAUGGGCAACCCCCUGCUAGACAUUUCUGCCGUCGUCGAUCAGGCCAUGUUGGACAAAUACAAGCUGAAGCUGGGCAACCAGAUUCUGGCAGAGGAGGAGCACCUCCCCCUCUUCAAGGAGCUGACCGAUGAGCACAAGCCCGCGUUCAUCGCCGGCGGUGCCACCCAGAACAGCAUCCGCAUCGCCCAGUGGAUGCUGCAGGUUCCCGGCGCCACCACCUACAUGGGCUCAGUGGGGAAGGACGAGUACGGCAGCAUCCUGGCCGCGGCCGCCGCCAAGGAUGGCGUGCAGGUGCGGUACCACGUCGACCCGGAGGUGCCCACCGGCACCUGCGCCGCCUGCAUUGUUGGCGGGGAGCGCUCCCUGGUGGCCAACCUGGCCGCCGCCAACAACUACAAGAUCGACCACCUGCUCAAGCCGGAGAAUUGGGCGGCGGUGGAGGCUGCCCGUGUCAUCUACUCCGCCGGCUUCUUCAUCACCGUGUCCCCAGACUCGAUGCUGAAGGUGGCCCAGCACGCCGCCGCCAACGACAAGCAGUACGCGCUCAACAUCUCCGCGCCCUUCAUCGUGGAGGUGCCGCCCUUCCGCGCCGCCCUCAACCAGCUCCUGCCCUACGUCGACUUCCUGUUUGGCAACGAGACCGAGGCCCGCGCCUACGCCGCAGCGGCCGAGUGGGGCACGGAGGAUGUGGAGGAGAUAGCGCUGCGCAUCUCCCGCCUGCCCAAGGAGAAUGGCGCGCGGCCCCGCACCGUGAUCUUCACCCAGGGUGCCGAUCCCACGGUGGUGGCGGUGCACGGCAAGGUCGCGCUCUUCCCCGUGGUGCGGUUGCCCGCCGAGAAGCUGGUGGACACCAAUGGCGCCGGCGACUCCUUCGUGGGCGGCUUCUUGUCGCAGCUGGUGGCCGGCAAGGGCGUGGAGGAGGGCGUGCGCGCCGGGCACUACGCCGCCUCCAUCGUGGUGCAGCGCUCCGGCUGCACCUUCCCAGACCUGCCCUACAACUUCUCCUGGGCCUGA